GUAAGUGGGGACUUGGGGAGGAUGACGCGUGUAUUUUCAAUACUUUCUCGUCAUCUAUCUACAAGUAAACGUCAAAUAGCCAUGGCCAAUCGUCUCAGCGGUCUCAGCUGAGCCAAAGGUGACUGACUGGUUGACGUUGGGGUUUGCGCUACAAUACUGUCUUAUUCAAUCAGAAAAUCUAAAUUCUUUCUUGUAGUGAUAUUACCAGUUAUUUGAUACAAAGUCUACAAAACGACCUAUAAUGAGUGAACUCAGUCAAGAAGAGAUACGAAGACGGAGAUUGGCUCGGUUGGCAGCUCUGGGAGGUACUGGUCCGUCACCAGCUCCCCCUAGUCCCCCCAUCACGCCUGGCGCUUCCAUGCCAGCCGACGUGCUGAGUCCCGCGCCUGCCACUGUCGUAUCGCCCGCGCCUCGCAGUUCCAAUGAAAACUCCGAGAGCACAGACAAAGAACAGAGCUUUGCAGAGAACAAAAGUGAAGUGCCAGAUCAGACGAAAAUCCCACCAGAUGGGUUAAUCGUUACGGAGAAGGCGGAGAGUAAUUUACUGGAUGAAAUGCCUGAUACCAAAAUGACAGAUUUGUCCCAAACGAGACAAUACAAUAGUUUUGAUUCCAUGGGUGACGAUACUUUGUUGAGCUGUGGAUCGGUGCGAGGCCUGCCUCAGUCCACUGUGAGCAGUUCUGAGGGUGCAUCUAAUAGAGAAGACAGCACAUCUCGGUCUAACUCGCCUGCACAGUUCGCUGAGCCUCCACCUGUGAAGCCACGGACAAGCACCGCCUCACCUAGUUGCUCGCGAAGAUCUCUCUCUAUGGAAGUAGAUGAUGUAUCAGAAAGAAACUCUCAGUCUGAACCACCACAGGAAGCUAUGGAGGUUGAAGACAAUGACUCAACACAAUCACCUGCUCGUAAAAUACAAAGGUCUCGCACAGUAAGUGGCACAGAACUUACGGAGGAACAACUUAGGCAUAUUGUUGGGAAAAUACUCCAAGUAUCAUGGUCCGAGGACAGUGCAGGUGGAAUCUUUGUGCCGUCAGUGGCGGCAUCGUUGCUGGACAAUCCAAAACUAAGUUUAGAGGAACUAGCAUCAGAGGCUGUAAUGGAUGUCAUUACUCAAAUUGUAGAUGGCUCAGAUCCUCUCAAUCAAAAACUGAUUGCAGUGUCUGAGACGACCAAAAGACUAAGUGAAGACUGUGGUGAUGAUAUUUUGACGACUGGACACCUCGGUUCCGAAAGUGACCCAGACAAAGCGGACUGUCCCACCCCAUCACUGCCUAUUCCAAAAACGAUUCCCUCACAGGGCCUAGCUGUUAGUUACUUACUUAAGUUCUACAACAACAUAAACCUUUAUGAGAGAGAACAUUCAAAGAAAAGUUCGGAACCACCCCUGAGUGAUUUGCUACAGAGUUUAAGGACUUUACUUGUAAAUAAUUUAGUGUUAGUGCUUAGAGGCAUGUUUGAACUGGAAAAGUGUAGGAAAUCGCCACUGUUACCAUAUAUCCUGAUCGGGAACACGCCGAUUGGUCUCAUUCCUGAAGUCGUCUUGGCUACAUAUUUGGAUCAAGAAGCCUUCGACGAUGUAUUCAUCCCCCUACUAAUGGGGAUUCGCGAAGAAAUGCGUCGUUGCGUGUCCCAACUCGUGGGACGAGGCCACGGUGCGGCGUUGCGCGCUCUACGCUCUCUAUGCGAGCUGAGAGCGGGGCCGAGACUCUCCGCUAGACCGGUGUGCGCUCUGAUCGCCCGCCUGCCGAGCCUCUGCCCGCCUGCGUUAACCACUGCGCCUGGACGAGAGAUCGCGAGAGUCAGCUUUCUCGGACCUUUCUUCGCCAUAUCCCUGUUCGCGGAAGAGAACCCCCGCUUUGCGGAGCGUAUGUUCGCAACCGGCACCGACCAGAGCCUAGUAUUCGCUCUGCAGCGAGAGGUGGAAGCCAGCCGCAACACGCUCCACAACAUCUGCCACAACAUACUCCUGUGUCCAGAUGCCAGGGAACCCUUCCUCAACUACUUCGCAAACUUGCUGCAACGGAACGAAAGACGCGCACAACUGCAGACGGACGAAAGAUCUCUUGCUGGUGACGGCUUCAUGUUAAAUGUAUGCUCGGUGCUGCAGCUACUGUCGGUGCGGAUAAAGUUGGAGCGUGUGUAUCCGCUUUACACAUUUCAACCGGACACGUGGAUCAGUGUGCGUGACGAAACUAGACUUUACUUCACCGCUCAGGAAGCGCAGGACUGGCUGGAUGCUCUUAACAAUGACCCCGCACACCAGUGGCCCGAGGCGAAGUUCCAAACUGUGUGCUGGUUCCUCACCCUGCAUAUGCAUCACGUUGCUCUCAUCCCGGCUCUACACACGCACCAGAGACGCAUACGGGCAUUCCGCGACCUGCAGAAGGUAAUCGAGGAGCUGAUGGCGGCCGAGCCUCAGUGGCGGAACAGCUACUCAGCGAACAGGAACAGAGAACUACUGAGAAGAUGGAGAAAACAGAUUAAAAGGCUACACAGAUCAAAGCAGUGCGCAGAAACGGCGCUCCUAGACAUUGAACUAAUGCGGCGCGGAGUUCAGUUCUACUCGUCGGUAUGCGCUAUGCUGGUGAAGCAGCUGGAAGCGGCGGCGGAGCCCAGCACGUCGCAGUCAUCGACCGCACACGCGUUCCGAGCCACGCCCGAGUGGUAUGUGGAGGACAUCGCCGAGUUCAUGCUCUUCACUGUGCAAUACGUACCACACACAGUAGCCAACUACAUUGAGGACCCCAUAAUAACCUGGCUUCUAGGCGCCAUUUGCAAUUCCCACCUAAUCAAGAACCCGUAUCUCGUAGCGAAAAUAGUGGAGGUUCUGUUCGUCAUCAAUCUAUCCCUGCCAAUGAAAAUCAAGAAUGUAUACGAGAAAUUCAUGGACCACCCGAUGUCACAAACCGCUUUACCAAGUGCUUUGAUGAAGUUCUACACGGAUAUUGAGACGACAGGCCAAAGUACAGAGUUCUAUGACAAGUUCACGAUUCGGUUUCAUAUUAGCAUAAUACUCAAAGGGAUGUGGGAAAGGCCGAUACACAAACAGGCAAUCGUGAAAGAAUCUCGGUCGGGUCGGCAGUUCGUCAAAUUCAUUAACAUGCUGAUGAAUGACACCACAUUCCUGCUCGACGAAUGUCUUACGUACCUGAAACGCAUCCACGAAGUUCAAGAAGCAGAAGCGAACGGCGCAAGCACGAGUUCAAGCGAAGCGCGCGCGAGAGCACUCGCGCAAGACGAGCGACAGUGUCGGUCUUAUCUCACACUCGCGCGAGAAACUGUGGACAUGUUGGAGUAUCUCACAGUGGAGAUCAAAGAGCCUUUCCUUAGGGCUGAGCUAGUGGAGCGCCUCGCGUCCAUGCUGAACUUCAACCUGCAGCAACUAUGUGGGCCCAAGUGCAAUAAUCUCAAAGUGCGUCGGCCAGAAAAGUACGGAUGGGAACCACGGCGGCUGCUGAGUCAGCUGGUAGACAUCUACCUUCAUCUCGACUGCCCGCAGUUCCACGCCGCGCUCGCAGCGGACGAGAGAUCAUUCCGAAAGGAGUUAUUCGAGGAGGCCGCCCUAAGGCUCGCCAAGUCUUGUAUCAAGACACCCUCCGAGAUUGAACGCUUCAAGACACUAGCAGACAAUGCAUAUCAGAUUGCCGUAUCUAAUCAACAAAAGAGUGACGAGUUUGCAGAUGCUCCGGAAGAAUUCAGAGAUCCUCUGAUGGAUACCUUAAUGACUGACCCCGUUUUCCUGCCCUCUGGAAAGGUCAUGGAUCGUUCAGUAAUCCUGCGUCACUUGUUGAACAGCGCCACCGACCCCUUCAACCGACAGCCGCUCACUGAAGACCAGUUGCAUCCAGCGACGGAACUAAAAGAAAGGAUACUCCAAUGGCAACGCGAUAAGAAAGCCUCAACGUCCUAAACGUUCUAAGCCAACCCAAAGUCUGAUGUAUAUAAUGUAUGACAUAUAUAAAGACUAUGCUGCGUGUUUACAGCGACCAAACGGACUAUUGUCCACAUGGAUGGAUGAGAGAUUACUGCGCACUGUUUUUCCAAUUGAACUACAACUUUUAUAAGUUGCAUUGGCAAUAUUCGUUUGCACAGAAAAGCGUGACCUAAUGCUGACUAAAACCGAAUGUACGGUCGGCCUCCGAAUUCGUGUAGCAAUUCCGCGAAACUACUGCAUCGAAAACCUACCUUUUUGUAUAAACACGCCACAUACACCUAACGCAUGCGCAUAACCGUGCCACGCGGAUAUGAUCAUUAACAUGCUAAACGACUUACGACCUUACAAAAGCCCGGCUGAGAUCUGUUUUUGUGCAAUGCGCGGUCAUACGCUUCGUGUUAAGAUUGACUAGUUGGAUGUUGAGCGCGCAUUAUACUGAAAAACUACGAUCUCUAAAGCGGUUUGACUCAAAAAGAUACGCUCAGAUGUAUUAGAAAUUUUCAAAACGAUUUUAUUCUUUCAAUUACAAGUUUUAUUAUCUUGCGGUUGGUGUAAAUUGUGCCUGAAUGUACAUAAGCUAAUCAGUAAAAAUACAGAACGUUUUUUUGGAAUGAAACAGUCCAGUAAAUGUUUACCUAUGCUAAGAUUGAGGAUUUUGUUGAGUAAAAAAUUAAGGUGCAGACACAUUACAGUGUUGUCGUGUGUUGAAACACGAAAUAUCUGGCGAAACGAUCGGCCAAUCUUACUCAGGCGUUUAUAUAAAUAAAUAAUUCUUUAUUUUGGGUCAAAGAGAUACAGUACAUGGUCCAAGAGCCCAUGAAUGCCUAAACUACCUCAAAGUAUAAAGGCUGAAAAUCUUUCUGUGCAAGCACAUUACAGCGGGCAGAGACACCAGGGUACCAUGAACCUUGGGUUGCGGUAGCCCUGACCGUUACUAAGCAGCAAAUAUAAAAUGCAUCACUUUAAUUGUCUUUUGUCGUAAUAUGAUACACCACAACACAGUCAUUUGUUUGCACCUUUAGAGCAGUCGUACACUGGUAACUUGAGCAGUUGAUUGUUGAACAAUAUACACAGACUGACAGUCACUAUCAAUUGCUUGAGCAGAUAGCUGUUUAUCUGUAGUCGCAAUAUAGAAACUGAAAGGGUUUGACUGCCAGAGCAGUCAAGACCCGACAGCAGUCUGUGUGAGUUGUAAAACACUCCACCGCACGACUGCCUGGAGCAGUCUCGUGUAUCAAUAUGACAAUAAAAGGAAGACUAUAGUUCGCUAUGCAGUCACAUCUUAAAGUGGUCAGCCAUGACUGCUGCAGAUGUUCUAUUUCACGAAGACCGUUUGACCAUGUUUGUGUGAAUGUAUAUGUACACAUUGUUAUAGUGUGCACGGCGUUCAGUUUCGACCACGAAGCAUUACGCACACAAAUGCGUUAACGCUCAUCGGUAGGUACUACAACCAAGACUGAGUGGUCAUCGUGAAAGAGAGCAUACCUUUGAAUGCCUGCUCUUACAGUAUGCAUUACAAAACGUACAUACUGAGUAGCAAAAAUUGUUCGUUCAAUCGCGUAAGAUAAGUACUAUAGUUAUAAAAAUAUUCAAGUUUUAUUUAUCAUCAAAACUAAUACUGAUCCAUAAUUUUACUGUCAUUUCGAUGUAGGAUUCAUGAAUAUAAGAAACAUAUCGAUUAUGCGUUUACACUCAAAUUCAUAUGGGCAAUUAACUGUGCUCAAAUUUUAGGUAGUCCAAGGAUUAUUGUACCCAAAGAUUUUAAAUCAAAAUAUGCUCUGACAUGAACGAUUGUGGCACAUGUUUUGGCAACUC